AUUAAUACGCAACGAUUCAAAAAACCGAUUCAAAAUAUUUUUCACUGAAACACUUGUAAAAAAUGUUGGUUCACUGAAACACUUGUAAGGGUUUUAAACAAUAUCUACACUAGAUAUAUUAUAUUCACAGAUGAUCCUAUGUUCUAAGCAUUUUUUGAAAAUGAUAAAAUCCGUGAUUUGAUCAAAUAUCUAACAGUUUUGAUCAAACCAUGCAAGAUGUUAAAAUCACAACGCUGUGUGGUUGUUUCCCUAAAGAAAGAAAUCCAUCAGUCAACUGGCCACGAAGGAAGAGAAUAAAUGGAAACAGAUGUAAAUUCGGUUGAUGUAACAGAUGCCCAUAUUACUCGAAAAACACGUCAUGUUUCUGCAAACAAAGCUAAUAUUGUUGACAACUUUGUUGCUGUUGUAUCUAUUACAACAUUCUUGAUUGAUAUUGUGACAGAUGCUUUAGUUGCUAAACAAUACUUUGAAACUAAGAAAUGGAUAUUGUUUGGGUUAAAUUUAACUUUUAUUAUUGUUCCAUCUGUACUAAUGCAAUUAUUUUCUACUAAAUGGCAUCACGAUGAUAGAGAGAAGCAAGGAUGGCUUUCAAUUAUGUUACAUUUAUUGCAAUUAGCACCCAUUGAAAGGUAUUUUCUUGCAUUUUGGUAUGGUGGAAAGACUUUGUUAAAAAAAAAUUUAAAUGAAAAUGAUUACAGACUAUAUUUAACUAAUUGGCGAGAUGCAACGAUGUUGCGGCUUGUAGAAACAUUUCUUGAGUCUGCACCUCAAGUGGUAUUGCAGUUAUAUGUUUUAUCACAACUAAAUAGAGCUAUAGAUUUGAAUAAAGAUUGGAUUACUGUCCUUGCUGCAGUAGUUUCUUUAAUAUCAUUGGCAUGGUCAAUUGUUUCUUAUACCCAUGCUUUGCGUUUAUGUGCACGUGAGAAUGGACUUUCACUAUGUGGAUACAUAUUUCAAGUAAUUUAUAGACUUAGCAUGAUCGCUUCUAGAAUAGUUGCAAUGGUUUUAUUUGCAUCUGAGUACACAUGGGCAUUGUUUGUGGUAAUAUUUGUACAUUGGCUUUGCAUGUUCAUAUGGCUUCACUUUCAAAACACCAACUUCUGUUAUAGUUCAAACAACUUAAGACGAAUUUUUUAUGAGUACACUUUCAUAAGUGUUUUGGCCUUUGUGUAUGUAUUUUGUUUUAUAAAUGCGAAAAAGGGAAUGACAAGACAACGUGUUAAGUUAUAUUAUAUACUUUUUUUUGUUGAAAAUUCACUGAUGAUUGCAGCUUGGUAUCCUUCACGUAAAACAACUUUUGGUAUUUUGGAGUAUGGAAGCUUAAGUAUCGUUUGGGGUGCAUUUAUUUUAGGAUUAGUAAGUAUGUUACUCUACUACAAAUUUUUCCAUCCUAAUGUGGAUGUCACAGCUGGUUGGCUUUGUUGUAGUAUAUUUCAAAAAAAGUCUAGCUCUUUUCCAGUCUCCGAUAAAGAGAAUGGUUUAAAUGUAGGAUAUUCAAAAACUAUUUAUGCAAUUCCGGAUUUGCAACAAGUUGAAAGGAAGUUUUCUAUUGGAGUUGAGUUAUCUCCUCGAAUGGACAUUCCUUCUUUUGUAUUUCCAACUAGUUCUGAAGAAGAGGAAGUUUAUAGAUUUUCAAAAGUAUCAAAUAAAGUUUAUAAAGUUGAAGAUUCGCAAAAACAAAGUCUUCAAUUUGAAAAGUCUAGUAAUCAGAGUAUUGAGUUUUAUAUUUAAUUUAUAUUUGAUUAUAUCCGUUUCUAAAGUGAACUAAAACUAGUUUUCCAACAUGAUAUAUGUAUUUAUAUUAAUAAUUAUAUUUCCGUCAAUUUUAAGAUUAUGCAAGUAUUAAGUUUUGUAUAUAGCAAGCAAGUUUUAUAUUAAAAAUGUUGAUCGAAAAAGUUUUAAAUAAAUUAUUAAUCUAUCUUUAA